GCGCCGGCAGCUUCUGGCACCCGGCGGGCCCGCCUCCGGGGCGGGACGUGGAGGUUUUAUUGGGCAGCCCCGCCCCGCUGACCCGGCUUCUCCCCCUGGCUCGCUCCUGCCCCGGCGUGCAGGGCCCCGCCGCCGCCAUGUCCGGCUCGUUCGAUCUCUCGGUGCAAGAUCUCAACGACCUGCUCUCGGACGGCAGCGGCUGCUACAGCCUCCCGAGCCAGCCCUGCAACGAGGUCAUCCCGAGGAUCUACGUGGGCAACGCGUCUGUGGCUCAGGACAUCUCCCAGCUGCAGAAAUUGGGCAUCACCCACGUCCUGAAUGCUGCCGAGGGCAGGUCCUUCAUGCACGUCAACACCAAUGCCAACUUUUACAAGGACUCCGGCAUCAUCUACCUGGGCAUCAAGGCUAAUGAUACGCAGGAGUUCAACCUCAGCGCCUACUUCGAAAGGGCCGCAGACUUCAUUGACCAGGCCUUGGCUUACAAUAAUGGCCGGGUGCUUGUCCACUGCCGUGAGGGGUACAGCCGCUCCCCAACGCUAGUCAUCGCCUACCUCAUGAUGCGACAGAAGAUGGACGUCAAAUCUGCUCUCAGCAUCGUGAGGCAGAAUCGUGAGAUCGGCCCUAAUGACGGCUUCCUGGCGCAACUCUGCCAGCUCAAUGACAGACUGGUCAAGGAGGGGAAGGUGAAACUCUAGGGUGCCCACAGCCCCUUCUGCAGAGGUCUGACUGCCAUGCGUAGGAAACACAGUGUACCCUGCUCCCAGUGUCUCGAGGCACUUGCCCAUAUGUCUGUCCCAUUGUGGCCCGGGGCUGCUCCACCCUUAGGGAGCAUAUGAAGAAGCUUGCUAAGGAGGCCAUUCUUGCUCCUUGGCUGUCCUUUCUUGUAGUCUGUGUCCUUUCUCUGAGGUGGGGGCUCAGGGAGGAAGCCUGUGGCAUAGAUACAUCUCAGUGACCCAGGGCAGGAGGCCUGUGAGGGUGUAAGGCCCCAAGACACUCACAGGCGCUUCUCGUGGCCUCCCUCCCCCACCUGGGUUCCCCUGAGUGGUCUAGCAUGGUGACCCUGGUAAAGGAUCCAUGCAAACACAGGCUCUGCUCUCCUCACAUCUGUCAUUCACUGGUCCUCCCAGCCCGUCACACCCUCUUAGGCAGAGGCAUAACCAGUUCUGAAGCAGGGUGGAGAUAGAUUAUUAGUGGCUGAAUUUCCACUAAGAGGCUGCGUUUCCUUAGAAUUAAAGAUAUUAUAUGGGGGCCCUUGGGUAGGCAGAUCUGUUUUUCCCGGAUGGCUCUCCUGAUUCUUUGGGAUGUUUAGAGUGCGCCUCUUUGGGGAUCUUACGUUCCAUAUCUCCUGCUUUGGUGCCUUCUCUGUGGAUGGCUCUGUUCUUGUGCUUGUUAGAAGAGUGAGGCCUUGGGCAGGGUUUUAUUUCUCUUUUUUAGAAUACAGGGUGUUGAGGUCCGGCCUAUUAAAAAACUACCCACCAUUUGGAGAAUUGCAAGGGUUUUAUCCUGAAGUAUAGUGUGGGUGAGCCCAAGUGAUCAUACUAACUGCUUUUCAUCCUGGUUGCUAUUCUAAGACUGGAAGGAGGAAGUUGCCCAAUUACAGCUCAUGCGCAUGGGUGUGAAGUGGUGGUGGUGGGGUGCUGUCCCCUCAGAGACAGAAGGGAAAUGAAGAGUCCCUGUGCUCACCCUGCCCAUUUAUGGAUGGUUCUGAUGGAGUGACUCUCUGGGCAGAAAUGAGCUUUGCUGUGUUAUGCCGGCAGAUCUCUCCUUUAUUGGAGAGAGAACAGACAGAAUGACCUUGUAAAGGACUUUGAAAGGAUGGUUAUGACCUUGUAAAGGACUUUGAAAGGAUGGUUUGGAAACAUGCUGGACCUUAUGUGUGUGCACAUUUGCCAGAGAGUGAACACAGUCUUCUUGGGACUUGUUCUUGUUGCUCUGUGUGUAUCCAGGGUCACACAGAGCAGAGGGGUGGCACUCAGCCACCACCCCAGCACCUAGCGCAUAGGCAUCUUAUAAAAGCCUGUUUUUAGGCAACCUGGAGCUGUUGGACUGCCCAGUGUGUAUAGAGUGCUGUUGUCACGGGGUACCCGGAUCCCAGCAGCCUGUAUGCCUGCUUGUAGGAUGUCUUGCUGGAGUUUGCCAAGAAAUCUUACUUGGCGGGAAAGAAAUAUCAGGGAUUUUUGUUGAAUGUUUCAAAUUCAGCUUUAAUUGGAAACCUCGGCCGUGUUGACGGUGAAGGUGGGGAAUGUGCCUUUUUCAGAACUGCUGAGGAGCGUCUGGCAGGAGCCUGAAGAAGCAGGUGCAUCUUAGGGCCUGACUCCUGGAGUAAAGACCCCCGAUGACAGCAAGGGCAGAACUGUGCAGCCUGGACGGUCAUUGUCCCCUCUCCUGUGUGACCACAGCAGCCCCAGACACAAGGACCCGUCACCUUCUUUCCAGAAUGAAGUGGCCAUAGCCAAACUGAGUACCUCACUCCAGAGUUUUCAGGUGGCUUUCUCGCUUGAUCCAAUUUGCACUUCCUAAUAGCCCUGUAAAGGUGAUAGAACUUAUCUGUGUGUCGUCACGAGAGAAAACAAAACAAACAACUACUACCUGGGAUAGCAGGGCCUGCCAGCGUGUGUCUACAGUCUCCGUUCAUGGGAGGCAGAGGCAGGGGGAUCACUGCAAGGUUAAUGCCAGUAUGGUCUCCAUGUUGAGACUCUAGGCCACAAUAGCAAGAUCCUGUGUUUAAAAACCAAAAAAUUUUGCAUAAUUAAGGGUCACCCAGCACUUUAAAGCUAAGUGGAAGUAGUUUCAGCCCUGCUGCUUGAGGAAGCCGGGCUGUUCUGGGCUCUCAUGUCUCUGAGACCAGCUCCCAGAUGUCCAAGCACCCUGUGCAUGUCUUUGAGCCAUCCCCAGAAGGGGAAGUAAAAAGUGGGUCCCCAGUCAGUUAGGUGACAAGUGUGAGGAAGUCUGGGCUCCCCUCCUCCUGCCUCAUCUGGGUGACAACCCGGCAGGACAGCCACUGCUGUUUACUCCUGGAAGCCUUUGUGGGAAAAUGAGGAAAGGGAGCCCGUGGGAGACUCCUGCCUUUCCUUUGGGGCUCUUUGCUGAAAGUUGAGGGUUUCUUGGUUGGCUUUACCCUGUGUUCAGAGAUUAGCUCCUACUUCUUCAGCUAGAAGAGCUGUGUGUUGUCGAAGAGCCGCUACGCGCAUGCCCCCGAGUGGGCCUGGGUGGUAUUCUAUCCCUGGAGGUGAUGGAAUAAAGAAUUCAGGAUGUCCUUUC